AGGGUCGUGUGACGUCACUAUUAGUUUGCAUUUGUACACGCGUGCCACGUAUUUUUGUCGUUCGAGUAUUCUGCAAAAUAAGACGAUUAAAAAAUCGAUUUAAUGUCUUUUAUUUGUUCGUCUCAGAUAACUUAGGACACUUUCCGAAGAAGAAAUGGGAUCGUCUCACAGCGUGGAGAUACCAGGAGGUGGUACCGAAGGCUAUCAUGUUUUGCGGGUUCAGGAAGGUUCACCCGGUCAGCAAGCAGGACUUGAAGCAUUUUUUGAUUUUAUUGUAGCAAUUGGAAACACUCGUUUGGAUCAAGAUAAUGACACGUUAAAGGAAAUUUUAAAGGCUGGUGUAAAUAAGGAAUUAACAAUCACAGUAUACAGUAGUAAAACACAGUCUGUAAGACGUACAAAAAUUAUACCGAGUAUGACAUGGGGUGGACAGGGUUUAUUGGGCGUUAGUAUACGUUUCUGUUCGUUUGAGGGCGCCAACGAAAAUGUCUGGCACGUGCUUGAAGUACAUCCGUCAUCUCCUGCAGAAUUGGCAGGUUUACAGCCAUUUACCGAUUAUAUAAUUGGAGCAGAUUCUAUUCUACAUGAAAGUGAAGAUCUUUUUAUCUUAAUAGAGGCACAUGAACUACGACCUCUCAAAUUAUAUGUAUAUAACAUUGAGGAUGAUUCAUGCAGAGAAGUAACCAUCACACCUAAUAAAACCUGGGGUGGAGAAGGAAGCUUAGGAUGUGGAAUUGGAUAUGGAUAUCUGCACAGAAUACCAGUCAGAAGUAUACCAGAGCAGAAACCUUCUGCUUCAUCUAAAAAUGUCAUGAAGACUGUUAUGCAAACUCAAGCAACAACAACAACAACAACAAUAGUGACACCCGCGACCACCACGACGGAAGAAAUCAAUCAGCCACAAGGUGGCAACACACAAUACCGAGUAUCUAUUCCGUCGAAUUACACCGUUCCUGUAGCGGAUAAUUCCACAAGCGUUCUAAAGCGUGAGCAGGAAACUCCGUUAACUCAAAAUAUAUCCGGACCGAGUAUGCAAACGCAAACAACGACUCAAGUCAGUUUCGCAAGUGGUGGUUACACACCUACCAGUUCGGUUCCUCAUAUGUUUUCGAAUCAACCUACUGUCAAUUUUCAACCCACACUCGAUACUUAUCAAGCAACUCCAAGCAUUCCCGGUAUGCCAAUUACUUCAGUAUUACCACCAGGCGUGACGAACCCUUACGACACUAUGUCAGUGACAACGUCCUCCGGACCUAUCAAUAUUCCAGGACAGCAGAGUCCUCUUCAAGACGCGGUUACGAUCAACGUUGUGGGACAACAGAGAGAACACAAUCCUACCUAUAGCGCGACCGUGGCUACUGGUUUUAACGUAUCUCAGCCUCAUGUUGUGACAACGCCUAUCUCACUGCCAGGAAUGCCACCUAUCACAGUUAGCGCCGCUCUUCCCCAGAACGCUCCCUUCUAUUCACCUGUUUUUCAACAACAAAACCAAUCGCCAUUCAGUAUCAACACCACCACUGUUGCUCCAACAACGUUAACAACGUCGGCGCCUAUGCAAUAACGAGACCACAAUCACUAAACCUUUUGCCGCGUCGAUGUGAUACGUACACGUGAAGAGUAGUUUUUAUUCAUGUGUAUUUAAAAAUAUAUACGCGCGUAUAUACAUAUAUAUAUACAUAUACAUACAUAUAGGCCUCAAAGCUUAAUGUAUGUAUUUGCAAGAUCUGUCUGUAUGUAUGUCGCGCAGAAAUCGAUGUGCACACACACACACAUAUAUAUAUAUAUAUGUAUGUACUGAUAUGUACAAUUAAAUUAAUAUCCUUCGUUAUAUUAAAAUGCAUAACGAAAACUGUCAUCAUCUCUCGCUCAGUGUGGUUUUCUGUUGAAACGCGUCGCAACAAAAGAGUCGACGUAACUAGGAAAUAUAUAUGUGAUUUUCACUUUAAUAAAAUGCACUCUUAAAACACGCCGGUAAAAUUGAAUUCCAUUUUGUCGGUUAUCUCGUCCGUUUUAAGAUCUCGUGCAACAACAAGGCUUGUUUUUUUUUUUUAUAUUUGAUUGAUAAAAUUUUUUUCUUUAAGAGUAUCGAAAAAAAAAAAAAAAGAAAAAAAAACUUAUAGACAAAUUUUU